AUGAGGGCUUCCCUCUCGGCAGAGUCCCGUAGCCAACAUGAAGGAUUGCAGAAGCAGUUGCAGGACACGGUGAAGAGUCUGCAGGCUCAAUCAGAUGCGAAAUUCGCGGUGAUUGAGGCAAGAUUGGAUGCUCUUGAGGCGACUUAUAGACGGUGCCCAGAUGACGGACAAGCGUCGCCACAUUCAACUCAUGGCUCGCGUGCGGGAAGAACCAUGUACACCGGCUGGGCAAAUCAGCAAGCCCCAGGUUCUACGAGAGGCUUUGACCCGCAGGAUCCUACCUUCCAGAUGGUUGUUGGGGGGUUUGCUGUGGACAAGCGACAGGAAAUCGAUGAGUCUCUGAAGGUCUUGUACGAGGAUGAGGAGUUGAAGUUGCUUGUACAGUCGCAUAGGUCGGACUUCCGUGACAACAAAAUUGUGCAUCUUAAGGUUGAACCUGGUGACGGAUUUCGCUCCAUGAGACAGAAGCAGCGGGCAUUCAUUGCGAGAUGGAAAGACAUCACGCCCAAAAGCAAGGCCGCAUGUUCCCGUGACAAGCCUUUGUGGGCGAGCCAGAAUCGCACCCCAGAAGAGCGGGCUAGGAUUCGAGCUGUCGUGUUGACCGUGCGCUUCCUGGAGCAGCUCCAGCCCAGCUUGGCGUCGGAAGAGAAGCACAAAGUUGAGCUUGGAUGGCGUAGGGGGGAAGUGUGGGUGCAUGAUAAGCGUGUGUUGCAGAGUGUGAGUGCGCAAGCGCCGACUUCAACCGCCCUGCCAAUCAAGCAUGUCAACGGUGAUGAUUCGCCAUAUUGGUUGAAUCCGGCUCAGGUGGCUGAGGCGCUUGGCGUGACUGAAGAGACUGUCGGGGGACUUGCGAUUGCUGCGAAUUCAUGGGAGCUUGACCCGGUCACUGUUCCCGAUUUCACUCUUGUUGCGACGUCGGCGCCGGGUGCUUGGUUGAACCAGGUCGUUGCUUUCCGCAACUCUGCCUUGUGCUCCCUAGACGGCGUGCGCCUGUGUAGCGGCGGGUUGAUUGUGAGGGCGAAGUUGGCCAACUUGACGAAGCCUGUCUGGUUCGGUAGCAUGCAUUUCCCUCACUCAGGCCGCUCACUGGAAGCCUUCGAUGACAGCGUUCAAGACUUUGUUGAGACUGUCGCCUCCCUGCCUGGCUGUUUGUGUGUGGGGGCUGACCUUAAUGUUGAUGUUCAUCAAGCUUGGCUGUAUGAUGGCAGGGCUUGCUUGGCGUGGGACGUGCUGCAUGAAAGGGGGAUGCAACUCCAGUCGCCUGGCGAGCCCACGUGGGUGUCACAUCGUGGCACGCAAAAAUCUCUGGAUUACUUCAUCACCAGGCUUGCAAGCCCUCUGCGUGUUGCUGCUGAAGCAGUAGUGUUGCCACACCUCCGAAUGGCGCUAGGCACUGACCACCACUGCGUUGCGUUGGAAUUGAGUGCCCAGCGGUUGAAACGGCGGGACUUGCGCGACGCCAAUGUCUUCCAUUCGUGUGGUAGAUGGCAGUUCCCGUGCGAUGCUGUGCGUGACGCGGUGGAGUUGCUACGGGCGUAUCGUCCUGUCGACAAGCCGUGGACUGCUCUGGACUUUGCUUGGGGGCAUCCGGGUGCUAUCCGCCACCUCCAGCGGAAGAAGCGUUCGGACAUGCAUCGGUUCUUCAUACAUCAUCAUGGUGCGAAGCAAGCGGUCGCCCACUUGAAAGCUUUCAUGCUUGAGAAGUUUGGCGAGGCGGGCGAUGAGGCCCGCCGUCGCUGGGAGGAUGAACUGAGCGAGGCCGCGUCGUCGGCUGCAUGCUUGCCUGUUGGUGAUUUCAGCAUGGAAGAGCUUGUGUGUGCUCAGUGUGUGCUGCAGCUGAGUUGA